UAACAGUGUCUUGGACUUUAUCAUCCCACCGACUCGUCAGGCCUAGGCUGUCCGGUUGUGCCAGACAAAGAGAUACGGUGAAAUGCUCCGCUUCCAAGCCGCUCGGCUCCUCUGCACCGGUCCUUAAACUUGGAUUCUUGUAGCCCCAGUGUUCUCCACACGGGUUGUUUCUGCCAGUGUCUACGAGGGGAAAGCAAUGAUCAUGGAUGUUCACCACUCUCCAUCUGAGAUCUACGUCAGCAAGAAGAGAACCAUUUCCAGGAAUCAACUCAGUGAAUUACUGAAGACGUAUAACAGUUUUUAUGGGGACCAGAAGAACCUGCACAUUUUAUAUGAUCAGACUGAAGCCUGCCAGCCAGUCGUUGAGGGAAUUUUGGACAUUUUCUGGGGAGUGCAUCAGUUGAUCCAGUUCAAAAUCCAAGAUGAGUAUCCCAGUCCUCGACUUGCAGCCAACAAGUCCCCAAUUGGAUUUCCCCGGAAAGGGAGGAUGAUCCGAUGGGGGGAGUUUGAUGACCUUUACCACAUUAGCGAGCCAGAGAAGAGGAGGAGCAUUGGAGAGGAAGAACUGUACUCUGGGGAAGACGGCCUUCCCGAUGACAGCGAUACCCUGUGGCGCCAGCGCAGCCAGCAACCCACCUCGCCGAUGCUGUACCGGAGCGUGAGCGAAGCGGCCCUGGUGAAGAAGAGUGUGAGGCCUGUCUUGGACAAGCGAGACAAGCAGAGGCACCGGGUCUCCAUCAAUGGCCAUUUCUACAAUCACGAGACGUCAGUUUUCACCCCGACCUUCGGGUCAAAAACCAAAGUGCGAGUCAGCAGCAUCAUGAGGACUGGUGAAGUCAUCCAGCAGCUUCUCCAGAAGUUUAAGAUUGAAAAUGACCCCCGAAAUUUCGCCCUCUACCUUGUGCAUGCCACUGGAGAAAAGCAACGAUUGGCCGAGUCGGACAUUCCGCUGCUCCAGAGGCUCCUGCACGGCCCCUCCGAUAGGAUCACCAAGAUUUUCCUCAUGGACCGAGAAGAAAAAGAAAUCAGCAGUGACGUGGCGUGCUACAUUAACCUGCACUUUUCCUUCUUGGAGUUGGUUCUUCAAAAACUGAAGGAAGAAGAAGAGUGGGAGGUCCAAAAAACAAUGACAAAAUACAAGUCGGAGAAGGCUAUUAUAGAACGUUGUCUUCUAAGUAAAAAACUUGAGACAACGGUAUAGUGCCCGUGGAUUACGCCUUUCACCUGCCUUAUGGGAGAGGUGUUUGCAUCGGUGCCCUGUGCUAGAGUCACACGUGUACGUCGUAUGGGAGAAGAGAUAUACACAUAACUCCGGCGCCUUGCAGAGCAGCACUCUGACGUCAACGCUCAUCUCUCUGGGAAGACUGAAAUUGGGCGAACCUGCUGUGGGUUGCAGCUGUCUCCAGCUCAAUUGUGUGAGACUGAAAGGGACAUGGACCCAACGUGUUCUGAAUAUUGCUUUUCUGUCACCGUUUCCACUGAGCUGGAUCUGGAGGCGAGCUGAAAGAGAAUGGUUAUCUAACUGGCUCCUCAGCCCGACCCCGCUCAGGGCUGCAACAUCAUCCAUUCACCCCCCCCGCCAGGACAAAGGAAAUGACAAAUGAGGCAUUUGGGUCUUGUCAACGCAGCGUCCCUGGUGGUACGGGGCUUCAAAUCGUGAAUACCUGUAGCUUUCAUGGGGCUCCCACUCUAAGUGGGAGGAAUUAAGCCUCGUUUUCAGAUGAGGAAACAGAGGCACAGAGAAGUGAAGUGACUUGCCUAAGUUUACACAGCAGAAAGUGGUAGAGCCGGGAUAAGAAUCCAGUUCCUCUGAAUCCCAGGACUGUGCUCUUUCCACUUGACCAUGCAGCUUCUCUAGAAGAGAAUUCUAGGCUCCUCAAGGCUCAGAGUUCAGGGAACACCCAUUGUCACAUGGACAACUCCAGGAGCCGCCGUUAUUCCUGAGAUUUUUUGGGGGGGGGGGCCUUCUAUGGGUGCUUUACUUUUUCCUACCAUGGUGGUGCAAGGCAGGACGGGAUGUAGGUUUCUCGCUGAUACGGAGGAGAGCCGAGGCCAGUUCCUGGGGAGGCAGCCUGGCUGGAUGUCUGGUGUAGGGGGAUACCGAGAGCACACGACAGCAGCUUUUAUCCCCAGCCUGGAGUGUGAUGGGAGAUGGGGCCAUCGAUGUGGGGAGAGAUGGCUGCAGUUACCUUGGAUGCUUUCCCUGGUUGCACGGAGAACACGCGGCAACCUCUUUUAUCCCCAGCCCAGCCCAGCACGUGCAGAGCAACUGUAAAAUGGGAAGAAGAUGCCUGUUCUCUCACCCCCAUGAAGGACAAGGAUUGAGUUUGAUCUGAUUAUAUUGUAUCUGCCCCAGUGCUUGGCACCUAAUAAGUGGUUUGCAAGUGCCACGGUUAUUAUUUUCAUUAGUACACUGCUGCUAGCCUGAACGGAGUAUUAGUCAAUCGUAUUUUUUGAGCGAUUACUGUGUGCAGAGCACUUUACUGAGCGCUUGGGAGAGUACCGUAUAGCAAUAAACAAUGCACCCCCCGUCCACAACGAGCUUACAGUCUGGAAUCUCCCAAAGUUCAUAAUGAGGAGGAACCCAGAGAACUGUGAAAGGAAGAGAAAGAGAGCACGGUCUAUUCUUGCAGGGCCACUAAACAAAGUUUUAUUGUUCACUCUCUAUUCUGAACACCAGCGAAGGGUUUGGCUCCAUCUUCAGUGAGGGUCUUUCAGUCUGAGCCUCAAAAUGAAGCUCCCUGGAAUGGGUUAGGAUCCCUGGAGUUUGGCAAUCAGAUUUGGACCCUAGGAAAAAACCAGGACAUGUAUCAGAGAGAGAGAGAGAACCCAUCACAGUCCCAGAUUAGACCCGCUCAGCCCCAGUCACGCCCCGAACAUGUUUCCAUCUGGACUAAGCACUUAGUGAGUGCAGAGAAGCAGCAUGACCUAAUGGGAUCGAGUAUGGGACUGGGAGUCAGAAGGACCUGGAUUUUAAACGCUGAACAAAUAUGAUAAUUUGACCGUCCUAGGUUUCCAAGGCCCGGUGCAAUCAGUGCUUAAUAAAUGCUGUGGAUAAAGAGGGUUCUGAUGAUGAUGGUGAUGAUGAUGGUGGUAUAGUUUGACACCUCUGUCUUUCCCCCCAGCAUUACUCCUGUCCCCUCUGGAGACCUCAUAUCCACCCUGGUCCUUUUUUGAGGGUCGUCCCUUCCUCCCGGGCCUCCUGAGAGGUCCUUCCCCUGAAUCAUCUGCUUAGAGAGGAGACAGGGCAGGGCGAGCUUGGGACCCUGUCCUGGGGCCUGGUAGGAUGAAGCCUCUGAGGUCUCCAGGUGAGGUGAGGGGGAAGUCCUUCAGGCAGCCUGGCUGGAAGCCUAACUCAUUUCCCGUCCUUUUUCUAAGAAAUAUAACUGUUUUAUUGUUGUAAUGUACUUUCCCAAGUGCUUAGAGGGAAAGGACAGGGCCUGAGCACCCGAGAAGAAAAGCAUGACUCAAAUACCUCUGCCACAAAGCAGGCCCCAGGCCCAGAGGCCUGGCAGCACUUCUUCACCACAUCACUGAAAUCGGUCAAGGCCGUCUGCAGCUGGUCAUCCGGGGUCUGUGGCUUGUGCUUCACGAGGUUGAUCAGGAGCCUGGGGGCCAAGCGGACGGGAAGUUGGAACCGAUACAAGCCAGGAAGCUCACCCACCUUGCCGUCCCCCCACGGGGUUUCAGCUGGAACAGUUUAUGCGAGGCAUACACCCUGGGCUGGUAUAAGGGAGGGCAGGAGGAGCAGGAUGCUGGGGCCCGGGUUAGGGGUGGCAUGGUGUCCUCCCAGGAUGGCAUCUGAAAAGGGAUGCUAUGCCACUUCCUCUUGGUCAGGAAAGAUCAGGCUUUCAAAGAGGAGAAGGGCCGUCGCUGUCGAGGGACGGGAACGUGUGGAUGGGAAAUGCGGUCCUUGGAAAAAGCCCUCAUAGAUGAUACCGAGAGAUCUGGAACACGCAGAUUGAGCUUGUGAAGGACCUCAUGUUGUGGAAAAAUCACACUGUGAACAUUCACCUCUUCGCUGGAGAUUAACAGGUUAGAGGGUAUGUCGUUCAACUAUCCCACCACAACUGAGUUUUGGAGCUACAAAUCCUGCACUUUCAUGUCUACCUCUAGCAGAAUGUUGUUUGCUCUUGCCACCAUUUGUUAUUUUAUGUCAUUCAAUACUGCAAAGUUGCAAAACCACAAAGUACUGCACAGCAUAGUAAAAUAAAUCCAAGGCAGAGAACGUCCCCCACCCCCACCCCCCGGUCCCUGCCCUUUGGUUGAUGGGACCAUCCUAUAAAAACAAUCUGGUUGACCCAAACUGUGGUUUAUAUUAUACAACAGACUGAUUUUGGGGGGAAAACAUAGUUCUAGUUCUUCCAUCGUAUUAUAUGCCAAAUGUGUAAUAAAAACACAUGUUUUAACAGAAA